AUGGCGCCGCCGCACAUGAACAACGAUGAGUUUUUCGCUGCUCUGACGACGCUCCUCUCGAGCACUUCCCAAAAAGCCAAAGGCAGCGUCUACCUCCUACAGAAGCGCAUUGUCUCAUCCGAAGAUCCAACGAUAGCAGAAGGUUCAAUUCUUGUUCGCGCAACAGACGGAAAGACAUCAAACCCAAAUCCACGAACCAGCGAUAGCAAUUCAGGUAUUACAAAAACGAAGACGACGAAGACACCAAAGGUGAAAUUGUCAACAGUCGUGGCUCUCGCAGAUCUAGAUGCCUUCUUUAUGAAGUACGCAGAUGUCUGCAAGGCGGGGAUGGUUGGCAUGAAGAAGAGAGAUCGCAGUGCGAAGAAGAAAGUCAAGGCAAAGUCUAAGUCUGCGAAGGCUUGA